AUGUUCAUCAACGUAACCCCAGUCGGGACUCCACCGGUUUACGCGUCUGAUCCGAAAUACAAGAAGUAUGCGCAACAAGUGGAGAAGUGCUUGAAUACCUUCGAUAGCGUACACGAAUGGGCAGACUUCAUUUCUUUUCUAAAGCAGCUUCUGAAGACAUUGGAAGCCUACCAGCAAUUCAAGGACAUCCCGCGUAAGGUCAUCGUUGCAAAACGGCUUGCACAAUGUCUAAAUCCAGCAUUGCCCACUGGAGUACAUCAACGCGCAUUGGACGUGUAUUCACAUAUCUUCGCCGUGCUCGGUACAGAAGGGCUUGAGCGAGACCUUGCUCUAUGGUCCUCAGGCCUGUUCCCGUUUUUCGAGUAUGCUGCUACAUCGGUGAAGCCGACAUUACUUAAUCUGUUCGAUACCUAUUAUCUUCCUAUGCAAGGCGGAUUGCGACCUGUUAUGAAGUCUUUCAUUCUCGCUCUACUCCCAGGCCUGGAAGAGGAAACAGGGGAGUACUUUGACAAAGUACUAAGCCUCCUAGACCGUGUCUCUGGGACGGUCUCACAGUCAUUCUUCUUCCAAAACAUCUGGCUUGUCAUGCUCACGACUCCGUCUGCUCGAGGGACAUCUUUGAGCUACCUUUCGCGUCGGCUCCCUGUUUUGAAGGCCGACGAAGACAUACCCUUUGUCGUGGGUGGUGACGUCGGUCUUAUGGUUCGCGCGUUUGCGGCGGCUUUAGAGGAUGAUGAUCUCCUUGUUCGGAGAGGAUCCCUGGACCUCCUACUCCAGUCUUUACGUAUUGACAGCGUGGCCAUGAAGCGGGCGCAGUCAGAGGACCGGGCGAUCCUGAUGCGAGCUGCAACCAGUGUGGUCCUCCGCCGUGACCUUUCUUUAAAUCGCAGGCUUUACUCGUGGUUACUGGGACCCGAUGAACAUAGCCAAAAUCAGAUUCGGUACCUCAAGGAGAACGCCCUUGAGCUUCUAUCGUCAACUCUGAGGGACGAGAUGUUCAAUCCUUCGAUCGACUAUUCACCUUCACGCCCAUUCAAAAUUUUUAUAUCUUUACUGGACAAAUGGGAGAUUGGAUCCCCUCUCACAGAGGCUCUUGUCUUCGAUGCAUUCAAAGCCAUCCAGAAAGCUCUUGGAUCAGGGCCAGACGUCGCUGAUGAUCUAAGCAUGACGGCCAGCACAUUGUACGAAGCUGUAGAGCCCCACCUGCUUUGGAAGCAGCUCUUCGCUGCUAUACACGCAGACGUCGUUGCAAACAGAAGUAAUCUGGAGGGAUGUCGUAUGGUUAGAUAUCUUCUGACGACGUUCCAUGGACAAGAUGAGGAGAUCGAGGGCAUUCAUCUGCCCGCCGUCUUUGCUGCGAUAGCAGAAUUGUUGUCGAUACGACUACAAGACGAUGACUCGCCCAUUUCGCCAGCGUCCACAUCGGAUGUACUACUUCUGCUCCGAGAGAUCUUAACGAGGAUUCCAGUAACGGUGUCCCUCAAGAGUCGUCCCCGCUUAUCCAAUGAGGUCGAAGCUACUCUUACUCAUGACUCUCCACUAUCCUUCGCUUGCUCGCUGUACGGGAUGAAGACCGGCCUGACUUCAAAUGCCAGACUGUAUGCCUCUUGCCCCUUCAUUACGAUCUUUGAAGAUUUCAUAAACAUCAGCAUACAUUCUGCGAAACUGUUAUCUCGGGCUACUGCACCAGAACCUUACCGUGAGGUGUUGGUCGAAUCUCUCAGAUUACUGGAUGGUUUGGUAUCUCGUAGUUAUGACCUUCAGGAUGCGUCUUACGAGCCCACGUGGGUCCCAGAAGAAUGGCUGUCUACACUGCUCGAGUGCAUGGAUCUGAAGAUUGCAACGUUCUCCUUAGUCGACAGUGUGAUUACAGCAGUCAUCACACUUCAUCGAGCUAAUGCGUUGAGAACGAAUGUCUCCAUUGACGAUCGUUCAACCAUGGCCAUCAUGGUUAAAACACUUCUGAAGUAUCUGCAUUCGCCAUGGGUCGCGUACCACGUUCGUGCUGUGGACCUCAUUUGGUCGCUCGACGAAAUCAGUCGCCGCCGUCACGUUGAAGCCGUCAUUGCGGAGACUAUGUCAUCGCAAGAUUCUCGUGCUGUAGAAGAGUCGUGCGAGGUGUUCGGCGUACUGUGGAGAUUGACCGAUGACGAUAUGCUACCAGGCGCAAGACUUAAAAUUCCUAUGAUGAUCAUCUUGGAUACAUUACGAAGUGACGAUCCUAUCCUACGACGUGUUGGGGAAACGUGGAUGCGGUGCAGUUUGAAGUCAUAUUUGCGUGUGCUUGACCCUAUUCUUUUCGACCUAUACGACCCUACAAUACGCAUCUCCAUCUCCACCACUGAGGUCAAUGGCAAACAGUUGCAAGGCUUCUCAUAUAAUCGCCCAUUUGAUCAACACUUGAUCAAUCAUCAACUCGAGACGCUUCUGUAUGUGAUCAAAUUCGGCGGCCAAGGAUUUAGCAAAGUCACGCGAACAAAUGCAUUGAACCGGUCGCCGUAUGGACAUAUGUUACAGCGGCUGAGAUCCGCCAGCGCUGCUCUUCCUGAUACAAGCUACAUGGAUGUCUUAUUGCAGAUGUUGCUUCGCUUUUUGCAGUCGGAACCCAAUAACACUCUCGCAGAGAGUAUGAGCCCUUUCAACCUGAGGACCCACGCGAUUUGCAUUGAUUUGUUGCAAGCUCUCGUCGCACGUGGGGAAGUAGACUUUCCUGCUCUGCAGACCAUCGAGUCGAUCGUGAUUAGGAAGCUCUAUCUCUUCGUCCAUAAGGGGCGGUUGGACUUGCAAAACAAGCUGCUACAUCUCCUUCAUUCAGUCAUCUCGGCGUCGAAUCCUGGCGCGGAUGCUCAAUCUACCAAAGGUAAAGGCGUGCAGCUCAACCGGACUUUCGAUAGCGCCAGCAUGUUGGAGGAAACCAGAACACCCAGGGCCGAAUCAUACGUUGUUCACCCUCUACUAAUCCAGACACUCCUUGACGGUAUCUCCCGACCAACGAAUCAUCCGAUAUUGCAGCACUGGCUUGAUUUCGUUCUCAUGACUAUCCCUCAAUAUCAUGAGAGUCUACAGCCUGUGGUUGUACCGCUCAGUGAUGGUCUCUGUCGCCAACUGAGGACCUCCUUGUCGGAUGUUCGCCAAGCGUCCAUUAUAUCUCGCAACAGUGGAGACAUCACGUCGAUCACUACAGACGCAGACUUCAUUAUGCUGCUUGCUGCAGUAGAGAGGUUGGUAUUACUGAGUCUGUCCAAGGCGGAUGAUAUAGAUCAAGUGGAGGACGACCAGUUGCCGGAGAAACCAAAUCAAGAAUCGAGCGGUUUGUUAGGUUACGUGUCAAAUGUGUUCAGCUCGGACACGACCACUGUUCCAGAUGGACAAUCCCCAGUUCGAUCGUCCGACAACCGCACAAUGUAUGAAACCGUUCGCGUUUUAUACGGUCUGUGGGAUCUGUUGAGCGAUGCCAAUGAAGCAUUGUGGACCUUCUCCGCCUAUUCGAAGACGAGGAUGAGGUGUCGGAAGGUUCUGGAACAUUUGUUCCGCGCUCAUUCUACUGAAGUCUUGGAAUCUGUGGUGGAUUGCUGGCAACGAGAUCAGCCCGUAAGUUCAGUUGCAUUCGAAAUUGUCGAUAUAUUGGCCUCUAAUGCUCAGACAGUCGUCCAUAUGCUUUGCGAAAGUAUAUGUAGUCGACUGCCUGGUUUGUCCGACCGACCAAGGAGAUCGCCCGCAAUUCCACAGUUGAUCGAUGCGAAGCUGUUCGAGUUCCUAGAACGGUAUUUCCGGCAAUUGGAGGGACCAUUGGCUCUGCAAGUAUGGGGGCGCUUCAUUCUGAUGGCCAAGGAUGUAACUUCAUCCAUGCGCGAGUUCAGAGUGCAGGCAUUUGCUACUGUGAAAUGCUUUACGGUCAUUGCAGACAAGAUAUGUCAAACAACUGCGUUGGAGGAUAGGAGAAUGCGCAAAGAAUUGCAGGAUACAUACAGCAAGCUGCUGGAUCUGACGGUUCUUGCCAAUCGACCAUACGAUUCGGGAUCAUGGAUUCGCCGUCCGCAGAAGGAGGCGUUGUCUACCAGUGGGCGAGAGUCCCCUUUACUGCGAGCUGUGUCGGACACCAAAUUGGACGAGAAGAUGAAUGCGAGUUCGACGUCAUUGUCUGACUCUUAUAAUCUUCAGGUCAACCUGUACAUCGCCUCCAGUAUGUUGCCGAACAUGCGUAAGUUCCUCGUAGAGGGAGAUAAGAUCGUAUCCGCGUGUAACAGUGUCGUCUACAACGUUGUCAACCCGGCGCUGAAGGGCAAGACGAGACCGCUGGAUGUGGAUGAGAGCGUUUUGUCAAUACUGCAAGAGAUGACCCGAAUUGGUGCCGCAAUAAAGGCAUGGCGAAGCCCGGUUUCCGAAGCGUUCAACGAUAAUCGAUGUUUCAAUUCGACCCCGGACGCAGGCGGAAAAUGGAAGGGGAUGGUCAAGGCUCUCUUUGACGUAGACAAGACUUCCUUGUCAGAGCUGCUAGGCAAAAUCACCACUGCGCCAUCGGCGAACAUCUUCACCAAUCGAGAGUACGAGAUGCUUUUAAGGUCCCUCAACAUGCGGCGACUGUCCUACGUCCUGUUAUCAAGCGAGAAGAAUCAUUUCUUGACACAGCUUCCGGCGAUCCAAGAAAAGCUUGUGGACACUCUGAGGAAUGUAUCAUCACCAGUCGUGCAAAGCGAGGUUUACCUUUGCGUGCGCGUCCUCUUGUGUCGGCUAUCACCCCAUAAUCUGUCAAGCUUCUGGCCUGUGAUCCUGACUGAAUUGUACCGCCUCUUUGACCAAGUCUUAACGAGCCUGCCAUCCGACGGAGCCGAAGAACUCAACCUGGUACUGGCAACUUGUAAAUUGCUCGAUCUUCUGCUUGUCCUACAGACAGAAGAGUUCCAGAUACAUCAAUGGAUCUUCAUCACCGAUACUGCGGAUGCAAUAUACCGACCGGAUGACUGGCUCCCAGACGCCAUGCUAGAUCGCUUAGCGGAGGUGACAGGUAGUCUGCCUCUCGGAGAUUUGACCGUUGUAUGUCAGGGUGCGGCGCAGCCGUUGCAUGUUACCAUGCCAACGCCGAUGACAGACAACAGACCGAUGCGACGGCCAAUGCUCAGGAGCCUCAGGCAGAUCGAUAGCAUCCGUGAUCUCGUACCGUUCUUUUCAAGUGCAAGCAUCGCUUCGUACGAGAGCGUCUACAGCAGCGGGGGCCUCAUUGACUGGGAAGCUGUAGAGCAGGGUCUGUUGGAGGAUAUGUUCGACGGACGAUAG